CCCACCCAACCAAACUCCGAGCUCUCUUCUAUCAACAUCAUCCAACGAUUUGCCAUCGCGAUUUGUGUGUUGCUACACAGUGUGCGUGCUGCUGCUGAAGAGUGUGAAUAUUGUUAUAGAAUAGUAUAAUUGAGGAGGAUCUAGAGAUGUCGAGUUUAUGCCUGAAUCGAUUGCAGGAGGAGAGAAAACAAUGGCGGAAAGACCACCCCUUCGGCUUCUUUGCCAAACCCAACAAAUCCCCCGACGGCAGCCUCGACCUCAUGAACUGGUCCGUCGGCAUCCCAGGCAAAAAAGGCACCCUCUGGGAAGGCGGCACCUACACCCUCACCAUCUCCUUUCCCGAAGAAUACCCGACCAAGCCGCCAAAGUGCAAGUUCGCGCCGAAUUUCUGGCAUCCGAAUGUGUAUCCGUCUGGGACGGUGUGCUUGUCGAUCUUGAAUGAGGACGAGGGGUGGAAGCCUGCGAUUACGAUUAAGCAGAUUUUGCUGGGGAUUCAGGAUCUGCUUAAUGAUCCGAACCCGGACUCGCCCGCGCAGGCGGACGCGUUUAACGCAUUCAAGAGAGACAGAGCGCUUUACGACCGGAGGGUUCGCUCCCAAUCAAAGGAAUACGCGACACAAUGAUCAAUAUCCGGCGAUAGCGAGCAGUCUUUUGUUUGUUGAGUAGUGGCAUGUACUUUUAGCUCUUUCUUUACUCUAGUUUUCUUUACUUUUGUUUUCUUUACUUUUGUUUGUUGUCGGUGCAGUUUAAUACAAUUUGUUUUUUUUCGACAUCUGUUCAUUUUCGACCUCCAUUUGCGACUACUGAGAUAGUGCCUUCUGCUCCGCUUCAGAUAUACGACAUCAUCAACGUUUCAAAAAAGUGUACUGUGAUCGUCACUGCG